CCGGCGCACGCGCAGUGAGGGUCCACGUGAGCGCCUGCGUUUCUCCUCAAACCGAGCGAUGCCGCCGGAGCGGAGAAGCCGGAAGAAACCGGACCGGAGCACCAGAGCGAAGCCACACCGGAAGGGUCCAAUGAGGGCAGACCGGAGGACCGGAGCGAGGCCGGGCGGACCGGCCCCAAAGGCUGCCCCUUCAUCGCAGCGGAAACCGCCUGCCCGGCCGAGCGCGGCGACCUCUGCAGUCGCGGUCGCGGUGGAGGAGGAGAGGCGACUUCGGCAGCGGCACCGGGUGGCGCUGGAGGAGGACAAGCCGGCGGCGGAACUGUGCCUGGAGGAGCUGGUCUUCGGCGACGUCGAAGACGACGAGGACGCGCUGCUGCGGCGGCUUCGGGGCCCGCGGAUUCAAGUACCGGAGGAUGCUGGUGACCCGGAAGUGCAGAAUGAAGCAAAAGAUCAUUUCCCUCCUCAAAAGAAGCCAGUUUGGGUGGAUGAAGAAGAUGAAGAUGAGGAAAUGGUUGACAUGAAGAACAAUAGGUUUCGGAAAGAUAUGAUGAAAAAUGCCAGUGAAAGUAAACUUUCAAAAGACCAGCUUCAGAAGAGACUGAAAGAAGAAUUUCAGCAUGCCAUGGGGGGAGUACCUGCCUGGGCCGAGACUAAUAGGCGGAAAACAUCUUCAGAUGAUGAAAGUGAAGAGGAUGAAGAUGACUUGUUGCAAAGGACUGGGAAUUUCAUAUCAACAUCAACUUCUCUUCCAAAAGGAAUUUUGAAGAUGAAGAACUGCCAAAAUGCUAAUGCUGAACGUCCCACAACUGCUCGGAUCUCAUCCGUGCAAUUUCAUCCUGGUGCUCAAGUGGUGAUGGUUGCUGGGUUAGACAAUGCUGUGUCGUUGUUCCAGGUUGAUGGAAAAACGAAUCCUAAAAUCCAGAGCAUCUAUUUGGAAAAGUUUCCAAUCUUUAAGGCUUGUUUUAGUGCUAAUGGAGAAGAGGUUCUAGCCACGAGUACCCACAGCAAAGUCCUUUAUGUCUAUGAUAUGCUGGCUGGAAAGUUAAUUCCUGUGCAUCAAGUGAGAGGUUUGAAAGAGAAGAUAGUGAGGAGCUUCGAAGUCUCCCCAGAUGGGUCCUUCUUGCUCAUAAAUGGCGUUGCUGGAUAUACUCACUUGUUGUCAAUGAAGACUAAAGAACUGAUUGGCAGCAUGAAAAUUAAUGGAAGGGUUGCCGCAUCCACAUUCGCUUCGGACAGCAAGAAAAUAUAUGCCUCCUCAGGGGAUGGGGAAGUUUACGUUUGGGAUGUGAACUCUAGGAAGUGCCUUAACAGAUUUGCUGAUGAAGGCAGUUUAUAUGGAUUAAGCAUUGCCACGUCGAGGAAUGGACAGUACGUGGCUUGUGGUUCUAAUUGUGGAGUGGUAAACAUAUACAAUCAGCAAUCUUGUCUCCAAGAAACAAACCCAAAGCCGAUCAAAGCUGUAAUGAACUUGGUCACAGGUGUCUCCUGUGUGACCUUCAACCCUACUUCAGAAAUCUUGGCAGUUGCUUCGGACAAAAUGAGAGAAGCAGUCAGACUGGUUCACCUUCCUUCUUGUACAGUGUUUUCCAACUUUCCAGUUGUUAGAAAGAAGAAUAUUUCGUUUGUUCAUACCAUGGACUUUUCUCCUAGAAGUGGAUAUUUUGCCUUGGGCAACGAGAAGGGCAAAGCCCUGCUGUAUAGGUUGCACCAUUACUCAGACUUCUGAAGAGAUUAUUUCAAGUAAGAAGAUAACAUUCUAAUGAAUCAUACAGAUCCAUUUGAACCAUGAGAGAAGCCCAUCCUGAGACAUCUUGAGAAUUUGUUCUGUAUCUGUGAUAAUUUAUAGUGAUGUAUUUUGCCAGCUUUGCUCAUUUAUGUUAACAGAAAAUUCUUAAUAAACACAUGACAUACCUAUUUGAAAA